AUUACCCUGAAUAAUACGAACUUUCACUGAUUUUCCUACAAUAAUACGAACUUUCAAUUAACCAUGAAUAAUACGAACUUUGAUACUUGUUUCCCGCUGGCAUAACUUACCUGUUGUUAACCUAGAGAAACGGUAAAAUGUGAUUUUCUUCUUCAUUUGCUGCAUCAGUAGGCUGGUUAUUUCGACAGCCAUAAUCUAAACUUGCUCAUCUUCCUCAAUUGCUCUCUCUCCUCUUCCAAUUUAAUUACUUCUUCCAACAUCUAAUUUUUUUUUUCCCUUUUCAUUAUAAUCUCUAAAUUAAUUUGUUAUUUAACAUGUAUUCUCCUCCGUCAUCAUCUCAAUCUAGAACUUCAAUUGCAAAAGGAAUUCCUUUAUGUAAACAUGGUGUUCAUGCUAAAUUACAAGUAGUCAAAAAUGGAGCAAGGGUUGGUGAGAGGUUUUACGGAUGUGCAUUUUGGCCAGCACAAGAUUGCAAAUUUUUUAAGUGGGAAAAAGAUGUAGAGUAUACAAGUGAAAUUUCUUCUUGUUUGGAAGAAGAGAAAGCUAUGUUGAUUGGCAAAAUAAGGAAAUUGAAGGCUAAGAAUGCGAAGUUGAAAGAAAGCGAAGCUAUGUUGAAAUUGAAAGUUGUUGAAUAUGUAAACGCACAUAAAGCGUUAAGUUUUGUACUUGUUGCAUCAUGGGUUUUAUUUGUAUUGUUCUUAUUUAUGUCAAGCUAAGUUUAAGAAUUUGGUCAUGUAAUGGAACUUUAUGUAUUGAAAAUCCAAUGUUUUUGAUAAUUUUCAAUAAUUACCUUUACAUACAUAAGCAUUUGUUACACACAAAAGAGCUAAAACCCUUACAUACAUAAUUUUCAAUGAUGUUUUUGAACAAUGCCGUAAUCCGUAGAUUAU